CGUACUCAAAUCGCCGUUCAACCAUACCGGUGGGGGAGUGGCCGGUAUCAGGGAGUCCAGCUGCGCGGGGAGACCGCGUGAUGCAGAUGAUCAUGAGGAAGACAGGUUCAAAGCGACGACGGGAAGCGAGGACGAAGAGUACUCUGAGCGUCUCCCGUUCCUGCACCAGUUUCGAAUGCAAAAGCCCGCCCAAAUUCACCAUUUCGAAGCGCACCAUCGAAGAGUGCCCACGCCCAUCAAAAGGUCGCGCAAGAAAGAGAAGAAGGAAAAGCUGA